AUGGCGGAUCUGCAUGGUGAAGGUGGUGCACAACCUGACAUGGCGUCCAAUUCCCUGUUCGAUGAAGGCGGCGCUCUCAGCGACCCCCUCGAACGAAUAGCCGUAUUUUCUGCCCUUGAUUCAUUCUCUCAGUACCGCAAGUCAACACACCAUCGAACGACCCACAUCCGCCGACAAAAUCUCUAUGCAAUGCCCGCAGCUCAAUGGCAAGUCCUAGCGGCACCGCCAAUCUCCAUUCUAGAAACCUUGUCCAAUGUCGACGAUGCUAUCGAUGUGAACGCCGAUUUGGCAGAUCGAAUCCUCCAGCACGGCUUGGUCUCCUUCGGUUUAUCGGAUAGACAUUCCAAUAAUCCGGAUCUGGAUUGGCAACACAAGGCCACAAUUAAUGAUCUUCCCAAGGCCCACUCGACGAUUCGACAGUUCUAUCGCGAUUGGUCUCGAGAAGGAUACAUCGCCGAAGUUGAACCUUUGGUCGACAUCGUUGUCUCGGACCUUAGCACCCACUUACCACUUCCUCAGCCCCGUGAAGAUAUCGAGUCUCCACGCCUCCUACUCCCUGGCGCCGGAUUAGGACGCGUGCUCUUUGAACUUGCUCUUCGAGGCUGGCACGCCACGGGUAACGAGAUCUCCUACCAUCAACUCAUAGCCAGCAACUUCAUCCUUAAUGCAACACAACACUCGGAGCAGUACACCAUCUACCCGUUUGCAACCACCUUUACCAAUGUUAUUUCUCGACAGAACCAACUCAAGCACUUCGCCAUACCCGACAGACAUCCCGGUCGUGCCUUAGAGGCACGCGAUAAUGCCGCUUUAUUGAUUGGAGAGAUGCACAUGACAGCGGGGGAUUUCAUGCUCGGAUAUUCAACUCCCUGUGUCGAGAACAAGUUCGAUGGUGUAGUCAGUGUUUUCUUCAUAGAUACUGCUCCCAACUUGAUUCGCUAUAUUCAGACGGUUCACAACUGCUUGAGAAAAGGAGGCGUAUGGAUCAAUAUUGGACCUCUCUUGUGGCAUUUCGACGGGCGCGACAACCGUGAUCGCAAUGACGAGAUCAACAGCGGAGGAGAGAAAGUUCCUGGACAGGAAGGUUCCGACUCCAACUCAGUGUGGGAAGAUAAAGGUGUGAGUGAACCAGGAUCUUUCGAACUCACGGAUGAGGAGGUUUUGCAGCUAGUUCCACAAUUCGGCUUUGAGAUUGUGAAGCAUGAGAUUAUCAAUCGUCCGCAUGGGAGUGAUGAGGGUUUCGGAUAUAUGCAGGACGCGUCAAGUCUGCUACAGAGUCGUUAUCGCUGCAGUCAUUGGGUAGCGAGAAAAAUCUAG